GCCCGAUGCUGGCGUUAAGGUUUCUGGGCUUGCGAGAGAGGAGUUCUCGAGAACGCGAGAGAGGCCGAGAAACUUGAGCAUUAGAAGAAGACAACGAGGGGGAUGGUGAUGGAACAAGAAAGGAAAAAGAGACAAAGACAAAGAAGAAAGCGUGAUGGUCCAAACUCUGUAGCAGAAACCAUUGCUCGUUGGAGAGCGCAGAACGAUGUAUCAGAAGCGGAGAAACGCGUGCAACGUGCCCCGGCAAAAGGAUCAAAAAAGGGGUGCAUGCAAGGCAAGGGAGGCCCAGAUAAUCCAAAUUCCAGUUUCCGCGGUGUGAGGCAGCGUACAUGGGGGAAGUGGGUAGCUGAAAUUCGAGAACCCAAUCGCAUUAGCCGACUGUGGUUGGGAACAUUUCCGACUGCAGAAGAAGCUGCACUUGCAUAUGACGAGGCUGCCAGAGCUAUGUACGGACCCUACGCGCGUCUCAAUUUCCCUGAUCAAUCUAAUGACGGCCAUGUUGCCACUGUCACUGAAUCGAGUGAUACGUCGAUACGGCCAAAGGUUGAACAGACUGACGACGAUUGGAGGGUCGGCGUUCCUUCUGAUGUCUUCUGCUUGGAGGAUCUGUUGAGUAGUACUACUGACUUUGAUGCUUCAGAUGAUGCGGAUUGCAGGUUAGGGUGGAACGCCAGUGGUUCUUAUUGGAUGGAAGGUGAUGCUUCGAAUGUGUUGUUCUACCUUCAGAGGCCUGACUCUGAGAUGUUUGGAUCACUAGUUCCCGAUAUGUAGCAAGGUUAUUUUUAGCUAAUGAAAUGAAAUGAAACAAAACAAAACAAAACAAACGUGUCUUCACGUUGUUAUUCGACCCAACCCGAAGGCUCUUACAAGCUCCCACGUCCGUCGUCACUAAUAAUCCAUCUAUUAAUACUCUAGCCGUUAAUUCAAUCAGCACCCCAAGUGUUCGACGAAAUGCCUACCAAAGCGGCCCUCCUCCUCCUCCUCCUCGCGUUGGCGGUGGCCGCGGUGAGAGCCUCCUCGUCCACGCACAACUCCACGAAGAAGGUGGUGGCGGUCGCGGAAGGUUUGGUCUACUGCCAGAAGUGCAAGUACGCGGGCACCUGGAACCUGCACGGGGCACGGCCCUUGGCGGGCGCCAAGGUGACCAUCACCUGCAGGGCCCCCCACCGAAGGGUCGUCUUCCACCGCGCCGUCUCCACCGACAGAAACGGAUACUUCUACUCCUCGCUCGAAGGCGGACGCGGGGGCCACUUCGACCCCGUCAAGGCCUGCGUGGUGCGGCUGCUGGCCUCGCGGGAGGCGACGUGCAACAAGUUGACUAACGUCAACUACGGGAUCGAAGGCGCGGCGGUGCGGUGUGAGAACAAGACGUUCGCGGGGAGGGAAUACGUGAAGGAUUUCUAUGCGGCCGGACCGCUAGCGUUCAGGCCUGUUCGCUGCGCCCCGAGGUACUAGCGAAUAGCGAUCGAGGAGGCGUGAAGAUACAUUAAUGUCGAUAUGUUCAAUUUGCGAUGUGUUGUGUGGAGAAUUGAGUGCAUCAUCGAUAUGUUGUUCAAUUUGCUAUUUUGUUUCUGGUGUUUCGCUGAGUCCCUGUUUGUAAUUGGCUUUAAUAUAUACUGAGGCUGUCGGUGAUAGUUUCACCUUUCAUCA